GGCGACCAUCUUGCUUGUUUACACUGCAGGGAAAGAGGGAGAAGAGGAGACGGUUUUGGCGGUUCCUGUCAGAGAUUGAGAGUGAUUUACAUUGACAAGGAAGUUGAGUUGACACGGAGGCUGCAACACUACCAAGCUGUCUGUCUGUCUGUGUGUGUGUUGCAGGGAUACACUGACUGACUGAGAUAUAGAGUCGGCACAGACAUAGAGAGACAGACAGACAGAUAAACAGAAACAGAAGAAAGACAAACAGACAGACAACAUUUAAACAGAUAGACACACAUAAACAAACAGACAGACAGACAGACAGACAGACAGACAAAUAGAAAAAAGGGAAAAAGACAAAAGGAAGAAAAUUAAGAAGAUAUGUAACAAAAGAAAGGACAAAAAAAAAUAGACAGACAGACAGACAGACGGACAGACACAGCCAUGGCCGCCACAGACAGCAGUGAACAGCAAUUACGUUUUCGCUGGAAUGACCACCCACAGCAUCUGUCCAAGGUCCUAACACUACAGAGAGUGCAAGAGAGAUACUGUGACAUCACCCUUGUCUCUGAGGACGGCUUCAUCACCAAGGCUCACCAGGCAGUGUUAGUGUCCUGUUCCUCCUACUUUGAGAGAGUGCUGGGUGAAGUAAGGCAGGACCAGCAUCCGAUGGUGGUACUGAGGGGUGCUAACCUGCAGCAGUUGACAUGCCUCCUCGAUUUCAUGUACCAAGGGAACCUACAGGUUGACCAGCACUUGAUCGAGCCAGUACUGGAGGUGGCAGAUCUUCUUGGCGUCAAGGGCUUGGCUGGCAUUCGCUCAAACCCAACCAUUCAGAAGUUCAUGGCCACUCCCACCACCACCACCACCACCACUGAUCCCACCCCUGCCACCAAUGCGAACAUAAAUCCCACUGCUGCCACCAAUGUUACUAAUCCCACCCCUGCCACCACUUGCCUGCAGGACCUCCCCCCUACCACCACAGCCUCCACAGCACCGCAGGACGCCACAAUAGAGAACGAGGCUGCCAGACAAACACUAGACACACAGACAAACGCACAGACUGACGCACUUACAGACACACUCACAGACGCACACACAGAUAUACAGACAUCAGGAAUCGAUCUUUCAAUGGCGAAAAAUGAACCCAGGUCACCUAAAGAUGCCCAGGGGGUCACACAGGUCACACAGGAGGCCACAGAAGCGGUCACAUCAUUAGUCACAUGUGGUCAAGAGGUGAUGCCAUCGGAAGUGACCGAGGCCACAGCAGGAGUAGCGGAGGUGACAGGGAGGGAGGGCGAGGAGCAGCCACCACCAGCACUGCCAUCUUGCUGGAAGAGAAGAAGAUUGGACAGUCCCAGCAGUGAGGACAUCCUGGACCCAGACUGGGGGCGGAUUGGACCCAAGGUGGACCAGUGCCCUCCUAGACCCUCCACGGCAGCUGACCUCUUGCCGCGGACCAUCACCCUCACCGCCAUCUCCUCCGCCGCCGCUGCGUCCUCUGGGGCGGGGCCGCGGGUGGAGCGCAGCGUGGAGGUGCCGUGCGAGGCGGGGCCGCUCACCAUCACCGUCACGACGGGGCCCGACGCCCCCCAAGCCGCCCCACGCCCCGUCACACGCCGCAGGGCGCUGCUCCCCCCAGCGUCUCCCUCACCCCCUGCCGCCGCGGCGCUUCGGAGGGCACGGCGCAGGCUGCGGGCGCGGCGUGGCGAGGAGGGGCGGCGGCGCUGGGUGGCGCGGGAUCGGCACUGCCUAGACAGCGGCGGCACCGCGGAGCGCCCCGCCACCAGGCUUCGAAGGCGAAGCACCGCUCCGCGCCCCACGCCCGCAGCACCCUGCGAUCUGCCUUUCCCUGCCGCGGCGCGGCCUGUCGGCGACGCCUUGCAGGGUGUGGCGUGUGUGGCGCAGGCCCCGGACCACCACCAGUACUGCCCACAGCAGCAGCAGCAACAACAUCAUCAGCAGCAGCAGCACCAGCAUCAGCAUCAACAGGUGGUGCAGCAGGCGGUGGGGCACGCACAGCUGCAGCAGCAGGGCGAGGGCGCCGCGGUGGGCCAGGGUGUGGGGCAGGGUGUAGGGGAGUGUGAGGUGGAGGAGGGAGGGGAUGAGGCGUUCCCCGCGGUGUCACCCCUGGCACUGUUCUCGCUUCCUCCACCGCGGCCCCGCGCCAAGCAGCGACGCACCACGCUGACACUGGAGCAGAAGGUGAAGGUGGUGGAGGCGUUCCUGGAGGGCAAGAGUCAGCGGCAGAUCGCGGGGCUGUACGGCACGGGCAAGACGCAGGUCAGCGGCAUCAUCCGCCGCAGGGAGGAGGUGCUUGCUGCCUACCGCGACUCACUGCUGCGCGGCGAGCGGCUUACGGCGCAGCGGCGCAAGCGGCGCGGCGGCUACGCCCGGCUCAAUCAGCACCUGAUUCAGUGGUACCGCCACGCCGUGGGUGCGGGCGGCGCCAGGGUGACGGCCGGCAUGCUGCGGGCCAAGGCGCUGCAGCUGGCGCCGCAGCUCGGUUACCACG